UCCCUCCCCUCCCCUCCCUUCCCCUGGUCCCCCUCCGCCUCCCUCUCCUUCAACGGCUCAUCCCUCCUCCUCUCCGACCCCACAGAAAGAUCGCUUCUUUGGUCGGCGACGAUUACGCGCCCUAAUAAUGUAACCGAAGACGGCUAUAACCUUGUCCUCCUCAAUUCCUCCAAUCUCCAAAUCAUUGGAAAAACCCAUCAACAAAUUCUAUGGCAGAGCUUCGACUUCCCUUCAGACACCAUCGUCGAGCACCAAAACCUCACCUCAAAGUCCACUCUUUUCUCCGCGGACCGGCGCUUCUCCUCGAGACUGGGCCCCACUUACCUCGCGCUCUACAUCCAGAACCUCGGAAUGUACUGGAAACGCACGGCUCUGCAGGCCAAGGCCCGGAUUGACUUCGCCCAAGGCCCAAUCUACGCUCGCCUCGACCCGACUGGAUUCUUGGGCCUCUAUCAAAACGAGACCGCCAUCGUCGACGUCGUCUCCUUCGACACCUUCAACGCCGGAGUCAAGAAGACCCUCCGCCGAUUAACCCUAGAACCAGACGGCAAUCUCAAGGCUUACUAUUGGAGCGGGUCGAAUUGGGUUUCGGAUUUCGCGGCCAUUUCUCAAACCUGCGAUCUCCCGGCCGCCUGUGGGCCCUACGGCCUUUGCCACGUGGAGGGAGAGCUGCUCGGGUUUGUGGAGGUUGAGUCGUCGCAGAAAUGCGAGGGGUUAUGUGAAAAUAAUUGUAGUUGCUGGGGGGCCUUGUACAAUAAUGUUUCUGGGUAUUGUUACAUGUUACACGAUGAGUAUCCGAUACAGACGGUGCUGGCAGUGGGAGAUGAGAGAAAAAUAGGUUAUUUUAAGGUGAGGAAUUUAGGAGGAGGAAAUGAAGGGAGGAAAAUAGCCGGGUUGGUUUUGAUAGUUGUUGGGGCGUUGGCCUUUGUGGCCGGUUGCGGGUUUACGGGUUAUCGGGUUUGGAAUGCGAGGAGGUGGAGGGGGAGCCACGAGGAUGAAGUUGGGAUGAUGUCGUAUAAGGAUCUGAAGUCGAGUUCAUGGAUUGAAAUGUCUUCUGAUUCGUUUAGAAAAUGAGUUUUAUAUAUGUUGAUUUGAGA